AACCAAGUCCAGCUUAUUGCUGUUUUCUCCUUGUUUUGGCCUCGAUUCUCAGGCGGACACAAAUUUGACCCGUGCACCGACUCCCAUUCGCCUGCAAGCUUUCUGAUUGCAUGUCUGUGUCUGUGUCUGUGUCUGCAUUUCCCAGCCUGCCCCAAAGCCCAAAAAAAGCCGAUCCGAGAUUGUGACGAACUCACAUCAAACCACUCAAUCCUCUCCCUAACCACCGCCCAUCACAGUCCCGAUGGCAUCCAGGAGACUAGCUUUGAACCUCGCCCAGGGCAUCCGCAGCCGAGCUGUUGCUCCUGCUUCUGCCUCUGCUCUGAGCACAUUAAAGCGAGGUUUUGCUACCCCCGUGUCAUCGCCCAUCGGCGCAAAGACUCAAACCACAACAUUGAAGAAUGGCCUGACCAUUGCUACCGAAUACUCGCCAUGGGCCCAGACCUCGACAGUGGGAGUAUGGAUCGACGCCGGCUCCCGAUCCGAGACGGACGAGACCAACGGCACUGCACACUUCCUCGAGCACCUCGCCUUCAAGGGCACAGCCAAGAGGACGCAGCAGCAAUUGGAGCUCGAGAUUGAGAACAUGGGUGGUCACUUGAACGCAUACACCUCGCGUGAGAACACCGUCUACUUCUCAAGGGCAUUCAACGCCGACGUCCCGCAAUCCGUCGACAUCCUUGCCGAUAUCCUCCAGAACUCCAAGCUCGAGCCCAGCGCCAUUGAGCGCGAGCGCGACGUUAUCCUGCGCGAGUCGGAAGAGGUUGAGAAGCAGCUGGACGAGGUUGUCUUCGACCACCUGCACGCCACCGCUUUCCAGCACCAGCCCCUUGGCCGCACCAUCCUCGGCCCCAAGGAGAACAUCCGUGACAUUACCCGCACCGAGCUCAACAACUACAUCAAGACCAACUACACAGCUGACCGCAUGGUCCUUGUUGGUGCUGGUGGCAUUCCCCACGAGCAGCUCGUCGAGCUCGCCGAGAAGAACUUCUCCGGCCUGCCCACCACCUCGCCCCAGAACUCCGCCUACCUGCUGUCCAAGAGAAAGCCUACUUUCAUCGGUUCCGACCUGCGUGUCCGUGACGACACCAUCCCCGCUGCUCACAUCGCCAUCGCUGUCGAGGGUGUCAGCUGGAACGACGACGACUACUUCACUGCUCUGGUCACCCAGGCUAUUGUUGGCAACUACGACAAGGCUAUGGGCAGUGCUCCUCACUCCGGCAGCAAGCUCAGCGGCUUCGUUCACCAGAACGACUUGGCCAACAGCUUCAUGAGCUUCUCUACCAGCUACAGCGACACUGGUCUCUGGGGUAUCUACCUGGUCUCUGACCAGCUUAGCCGCCUCGACGACCUGGUCCACUUCACCCUCCGCGAGUGGUCCCGUCUCUCCCAAAGCGUGACCGAGUCUGAGGUCGAGCGUGCCAAGGCUCAGCUCAAGGCUUCGAUACUCCUGUCCCUCGACAGCACAUCCGCUGUCGCCGAGGAUAUUGGCCGACAGAUCGUCACCACCGGUCGCCGCAUGAGCCCUGGUGAGAUCGAGCGCACCAUCGACCGCAUCACCGAGAAGGACGUCAUGGAGUUCGCCAACAAGAAGCUAUGGGAUCAGGAUGUUGCUGUCAGCGCUGUUGGAAGCAUCGAGGGUCUGUUCGACUACCAAAGAAUUAGAAACGACAUGAGCAGGAACUUCUAAGCUGGAAAGUGGUGUCUAAUAGAGGUGGCUUGCGUCUCGCGUCCGGGGAGAGGAAAACCACACGGUCAUAGAGUGUAACAGAUACCGCACACUUGAGUUGUACCAUAAAGAGUUUUUCAUCUGUUUGUAUUGCAUUGGAGUUUAUACCGCAGCCCUGGUGCCUUUCAAGAGUGUCUUUAUAGCCUGA